AUGUUAAAAAAGAUAGAGAGUCAUAUGUCUUUGUUUAAAGCACUCGAGCGAAUUCCCAUGUACAAAAAAUUCAUGGAAGAGGUAAUGGCCGAAAAGAAACCAACAACAGAAGAACCCGUAUCCUUGAAGGAAAAGUGUAGUGCAAAUUCACUAGGGCAGAAAAUUCCAAAGAAACAGAAGGAUCUUGUAACGGUAACAAUAUCAUGCACAAUAAAAGAGAGAACUUUCAAUAAGGUACUAAUUAAUUCUGGAGCUAGUGUGAGUCUGAUGCCAUUAUCAAUCUACCACAAGUUGGGUAUUAAUAAUGUCAGUGGUACAAAGACAAAUUUGAAGUUUGCGUAUUACUCGAGAAAGGAUGCAUAUGGUAUAGCAGAAGACGUAUUGGUGACAAUAGAGGACUUGAGUUUUCCUGCUGAUUUUGUGAUCCUAGACAUACCUGAAGAUGAAAAGACACCCAUAAUUCUUGCUCGACCUUUCAUGCAGACAAGUCGAUGCAAUAUUGAUAUGGACCAGGGAACGUUAACUUUAAAAGUUUAUGAUAAGGAAAUAACAUUGAAUACUGUUAAAAACAAGGAGCUAGGGGUAGAAAAAGAACAUCACUAUCAAGUAGUCUUGAUCAGGACAUAG